GUGACACCAUCUUAAGUGUACAUCGAUCGCACCAUUAUACUCUAGUCAUGUCACGAAUUCAGACGUAUACCUUAGCGACUGUUGUCAUAGCUUUAGCUUUCGGUAUCCUUGCUACAGAAGCUAACCGAAAGUGCCUGCAAUGUUCAGGAAUCAACUGCCAACGUACAACUUAUAGUAAAUAUGAAACUUGUGAGGAUGCAUUAGAUGUUUGUGUUAGUGUUUUUGAUGGACAAAGAAUUGAAGCUCAAGGCUGUUGGUUAGGAAUACCGCCUCAUAUUCGAAAUAAAUGUGGCAAAGAUAAGAAUGUUGAAUGCAAUAAGUGUUUCACAGAUAACUGCAACAAUGAAGGUCCAAUGAGUUUCCAAUGUGUACAAUGUGAUUCAAGUUUGCACACUAAUUGCGCUCAAAAAGCAGAAUUAGUCAAUACAACCAGAUGUGCAAUUGCAAGAUCAGAAAAUGCAUAUUGCUUUGCCAGGAUCGUUGAUAAAAAAGUUAUACGUGGCUGUUCGACAACAGUUAAGGAACAGAAAGGUUGUUUGAACGAUAACAAAUGCGCUUUAUGUUUGGCUGGAGAAAUUAUGGGAUGUAAUAGGACACCUAUGAAAGCAGAUGAUGGUGGGUCUGGAAGUGGUUCGGGUAGUGGAUCUGGAAGUGGUUCGGGAAGUGGCUCAGGAAGUGGUUCAGGAAGUGGUUCAGGAAGUGGUUCAGGAAGCGGCUCAGGAAGUGGUUCAGGAAGUGGAUCUGGCAGUGGUUCCGGAAGUGGUUCUGGAUCUGGUUCAGGAAGUGGAUCAGGCGAUGGAGGAUCUGGAAGCGGUUCCGGAGAUAAUGGAAAUCAUAAUAAUGGAGCCACAACGUUGAGUUUGUCAAUUUUAAUUGCUGCAGUCUGUUAUAUUCUAACAAUGUAAUUUUAUUAAUAAAUUUGAUUAGAUUGAGAUAAAUUA